GCUUGACCGAUUUGACGGAGCAACAAAGGCUCACGUGGUACUCGACGGAAAAGGACGUAAAGAUGUGCGUCGUCAAAGGGACGCCGGAAGAAAAUUGCCAGAAUUAUAUACGUAUACUCGUGAAGACGAGCUCGAACACCCUUUUGGUGUGCGCAACGAACGCCUUCAAACCGAUGUGCCGCGAUUACCUCGUACACGCAGGUAAUUACACGAUGAUAAAGGAAAAGGGAGGACAAGCUAGGUGUCCCUAUGAUCCUCAACACAACAGUACCUUCGUUUAUGUCGAGGGUGAACUUUACACCGGAACUGUCGCCGAUUUUGCUGGAAUGGAUCCUAUUAUCUAUAGGGAACCAUUGCAAACCGAACAAUACGACUCGAUGAGUCUUAAUGCUCCAAAUUUUGUGAGUUCCAUGUCCCAAGGUGACUUUGUCUACUUCUUCUUCAGGGAGACUGCCGUUGAAUAUAUAAACUGCGGCAAGGCCGUCUAUUCUCGCGUAGCGAGAGUCUGUAAAUACGAUCGGGGCGGACCCCAUCGUUUUCGUAACAGAUGGACGUCUUUCCUGAAGUCUCGUCUUAAUUGCUCCGUCACCGGAGACUUCCCUUUUUACUUCAAUGAAAUACAGUCAACGACCGAAUUGAUAUCCGGACAAUAUGGAAGUUUAUCAGCCCAGCUGAUAUACGGCACGUUCACGACCCCAGUAAAUAGCAUAAGCGGCUCAGCUGUGUGCGCCUUUUCCCUCCAGGAUAUCACCGAUACCUUCGAGGGUAAUUUCAAGGAGCAAAGCGCGCUCAACUCAAACUGGCUGCCUGUACAAAGUGCCAAAGUACCCGAUCCUAGGCCGGGACAGUGUGUCAAUGAUUCCCGCACUUUACCGGACUUAACUUUAAACUUUAUCAACACCCAUUCCCUGAUGGACGAAUCAGUGCCGAGCUUUUUUGGACAACCGAUCGUUAUACGCACCAGUUUUCAUUACAGAUUUACACAAAUCGCAGUGGAUCCUCAAGUGAAGACACCAGGUGGUAAGACUUACGAUGUCCUCUUCAUUGGCACUGACAAUGGAAAGGUUAUCAAAGCUGUGAACGCUGAGUCAGCGGAUUCUCACGAAAAAGUUAGUCCAGUUGUGAUCGAAGAGAUCCAAGCGUUUCCAUCAACGGUGCCUGUUCGUGGAAUAAAAGUCGUCCGUGCUUCGCAAGCCGGUGAUGGUUUGGAAGAUGGCCGACUGGUUGUGAUAGCAGAUAGCCAAGUCCAAGCACUGAGGUUGCAUCGUUGUUACGGUGACAGGAUAUUGUCCUGCGGCGAAUGUGUAGCUCUCCAGGAUCCAUAUUGUGCUUGGGACAAGAUUGAGGGCAAGUGUCGUGCAUUAGUUGGUCCAGCUGUUACGGAUGCCAGCAGAUUUUUGCAAAGCGUAGCAACUGGCAUCCAUGCGUCCUGCCCGCCAAGUAAAGGAUUAAAUAAGGACGCUAGUAGUGUCGGUGCCAUUUCUGCUAAUCAAAAUAAAUUCCCUCAGGAUUCGAUGAUACCCAAUAAAGAAAGUCAAGGCGGAGAAAUAAUAAAUAUCAUGCAAGACGAAGAACAAGGCAGUUCAGGUCCAGAAGUAUCAGCUGCUGAUUCACCACCGCCGCAGUACAGCGUUGAGACUUUAGUGAUGGCUGUAGUGGCCGGUGCAUUGGCAGCAUUGCUCGUUGGUUUUGUUGCGGGUUAUCUAUGUGGUCGAAAAUGUAGAAAAGAUGAGGAUGAUAACUUGCCAUAUCCGGAUACGGAGUAUGAAUACUUCGAACAACGUCAAAACGUCAACAGGUUAGCGCCUGAACCAAAGUUACUGCCGCAAGAAGAGGUUACUUAUGCAGAACCAGUUUUAGUUCCACAACCAUCUAAGAUGCAUUCACCAAAGGGUACCAUGAGAAAACCACCGCCAACCCCAACGGAAACUUUAUUCCAGUUUCCAGAUGGUUAUGGUUUCCGUGGUCCAAGAGAUAAUUUUGGUACUCUCCGUUCCCAUCAAGGGGACGCGUAUCGUCGGAACGACGGAUUCGCGACGACACGCAGCGUUAAAAAGGUUUAUCUCUGAGAAACGAGCGAGGAGGGAGGUGGCCGUCACCGGAGCUUAGGACGGCCAACACGGAAUCGUCACAACGCGAGUUCAGCCGGUAGAAGUAGUCGCGCUGUGACGUCCUCAGGGGGACAGUCCAAUCGUGAGUUAGCUGGCCCGAGGGCACUCGAGUCGCCUUCGCCACCCUCCAGCGUCUCCUCGAGUUCCCCCUCCCCUCCCUCCUCGUCACCAUCGCCGACCCUCGUACCGAUCGCGAUGAGUGGCUCGCCACCACCGCCAACCCUAACGCCACCCUGCAGUUUCAUAUAUCGAUCAUAGUCCUCGAUUAUUCCCACGGCUAUCACGUACUCUUCGACACCCUGCUUUUACCAUCCCCAUUAAAAUGGGGGAAGGACAUUAGAUACCUUCUUAAAAUCGGGGGUCCUAUAUUAAACGUUCCCAAAAAUGUAUAGAGAGAAGACUCAUACGGAAAAGUCUGAUGCCGCCAGUGUAAGUGUAAGUGCAAGUGUGUGUAUGUGUGUGUGUAUGUUUGUGUAUUUGUGUAUGUAUAUGUGUGCAUGUAUAUGUGUAUGUGUAUGAAAAAGAGUAAGAAUGAGAAAGCGAGAGAGAGA